GAAUCACAAAACUCUCUCUCUCUCUCUCGCUGUAAGCCUGUUGUUUACUCGCUUUUUUCUCAAAACCGGCUUCGAUUUUUUUCCCUUUGUAGCCGAAAUUUGCGAUUAAUAUCAGAAAAAAAAACACAUUUAAUUCACCUUUACUGAAAAAAAUUCUUCACUAACAAUUUUUUUUUUGAAAAUCCUCUCCUAUUGUGAUGAGUCUUCGUCUUCGUCUUCGUCGUCCGGUUUGAAUUUUCUCCGCACGCGAAAUUUGAAAUCCCCGAGAUUUUGAUUUUCCGGUCUCCGGGUUCCCUUUUAGGGUUUUUUUUUUAAUCGUCUGCAGAUCUCACGAUGAGCGUAGCCAAAUCCCAAGUAUGGCAGCCAUGCAAGAAGAAGAGGUCCUCCUCCUCCUCCUCCUCCUCCUCCUUAUGAUUCAUUAGCAAUAGAGAUCUAUCUAUAUCUGUAGAAGCAAGCGAGAUUCAGAGAUAUGGCUUCACGAACAACACCUUCACGAUCGACUCCUUCUCGAUCAACGCCUUCUGGUGGUGGUGGUGGUGGUGGUUCUUCAGGUAGGACACGAGUUGGUAAGUAUGAGCUUGGUAGAACUUUGGGUGAAGGAACCUUCGCUAAGGUCAAAUUCGCUAGAAAUGUUGAGAAUGGUGAUAAUGUCGCCAUUAAGGUUAUUGAUAAAGAGAAAGUCACCAAAAACAAGAUGAUCGCUCAGAUCAAGCGUGAGAUUUCUACAAUGAAAUUGAUCAAGCACCCAAAUGUGAUCCGUAUGUUUGAGGUGAUGGCUAGCAAAACUAAGAUCUACUUCGUUUUGGAAUUCGUGACUGGUGGGGAGCUUUUCGAUAAAAUUUCAAGCAAUGGGAGAUUGAAGGAAGAUGAGGCGAGGAAGUACUUCCAACAGCUUAUUAAUGCGGUUGAUUAUUGUCAUAGCAGAGGAGUUUAUCAUCGAGACCUUAAGCCAGAAAAUUUGCUUUUGGAUGCUAAUGGUGCUUUGAAAGUGUCUGAUUUUGGAUUGAGCGCUCUUCCUCAGCAAGUUCGAGAGGAUGGGUUACUUCACACAACAUGCGGAACACCCAAUUAUGUUGCUCCGGAGGUAAUCAACAACAAAGGUUAUGAUGGAGCGAAGGCGGAUUUGUGGUCUUGUGGAGUAAUUCUCUUUGUCUUAAUGGCUGGUUAUUUACCUUUUGAAGAUUCUAACCUGACUUCAUUAUAUAAAAAGAUAUUCAAAGCAGAAUUUACCUGUCCUCCCUGGUUUUCUGCUAGUGCAAAGAAGUUAAUCAAAAGGAUUUUGGAUCCCAGUCCAGCAACGAGGAUUACAUUUGCUGAGGUCAUUGAAAAUGAGUGGUUUAAAAAAGGGUAUAAAGCACCUAAAUUUGAGAAUGCUGAUGUCAGCCUUGAUGAUGUUGAUGCAAUCUUUGAUGACUCAGGGGAGUCUAAGAAUCUUGUUGUGGAGAGGCGAGAAGAAGGACCCAAAACACCAGUAACUAUGAAUGCUUUUGAGCUCAUCUCAACAUCCCAGGGUCUCAAUCUCGGUUCACUUUUCGAAAAACAAAUGGGGCUUGUGAAGCGAAAAACUCGAUUUACUUCCAAAUCUUCGGCUAAUGAGAUUGUUACAAAAAUUGAGGCUGCGGCAGCACCUAUGGGGUUUGAUGUCAAGACAAAUAACUACAAGAUGAAGCUGACAGGAGAAAAAUCAGGCCGCAAGGGUCAGUUGGCAGUUGCCACUGAGGUUUUUCAAGUUGCUCCAUCUCUUUACAUGGUUGAAAUGCGAAAAUCAGGGGGUGACACGUUGGAAUUCCACAAGUUUUACAAGAACCUUACCACGGGACUUAAGGACAUUGUUUGGAAAACCAUCGACGAAGAGAAAGAGGAAGGGACCGAUGUUUCAGGUGGUACUAAUGGUGCCAUGGCUAACCGGACAGUUGCGAAACAGUCGGCAUAAGCUGUUUACUUUUUUCAAAAAUAGAUUUUUUUUUUCUACGGUUAAUAAAUUUACUAUAGUAGUUGGUGGGGUUGCGAGUGGGUUUGAAGUUAUACAAAGGAAGCGUUGUUAAGAAGUGAAGCAAAGCAGUUUGAAACUAUAUUGGGAAAUGGGGAUUAUUGAUAAUUUAAUCUUGUUUGAUUCCAUGGAAUGUUGUGAAUAGCAUGCGUGUUGCGAGUAUCUUGGCUUGAAUCGAUUAACCGGAAAGUAAAAGCAUUACAGAUUUGGUUUUGCCA